GGCCCUUUCCGGAGCGCAGGUUCCCGGAAGGCAGGCAGGCAGGCAGGCCGGGUUCCCAGCGCCGCCCCCGCCCCCUGGCCAGGUGAGACGCUUGUCUGGGCUCCCUCUGUACCUGCGGGUGUCCCAGGUGUGCGGCGGGACGCCCCUCUGCUUGUGGAGGGACUGUGUCGAGAAGAACAGCGCCUUCUCAUCCGCCAAGUGGGCCGAGGGCGAGGAAGUGGGGUGCGAGAUCUGCGCUCCCUGCCAGAGAGGUAGGACAUAUGUGUGAAGCUGGAUUUUCUUCAUAUCUGUCAACCAAAGCACCAUAUUCCAGCAGACUGAAUGCAGUAGCAGGAGGAGAAGAUGGACAGGCCCAUAACUCCAUCAACCUAUGUGCGCUCCCUCAAUGUCGGGCUCAUCAGGAAGCUGUCAGAUUAUAUUGAUCCUCAGGAAGGCUGGAAGAAGUUGGCAGUAGCUAUCAAAAAACCAUCUGGUGAUGAGAGAUACAAUCAGUUUCACAUAAGGCGAUUUGAAGCGCUACUUCAAACUGGAAAGAGUCCUACCUGUGAGUUACUGUUUGACUGGGGCACCACAAACUGCACUGUUGGUGACCUCGUGGAGCUGUUGGUCCAAAAUGAGUUUUUUGCCCCUGCAAGUCUUUUGCUACCAGAAGCUGUCCCGAAACCCAGAAAUACGCUGCCGUUUACAGAAGUGGUGACAGCUCAGCAGAAACCUGUGCUUCUCAGCUGCAAAGACAAGCCAUCGACAUCAGUGGUGCCUGUGCAGAGCCUUGAACAAAACUGUGUGCUGCCUGACUCAUCCAGUCCCGAAAGCAGGAGCUUAGAAGUGAGUGAUACAUGCUUUUAUAGUUUUUCAUUUUACGAAUUGAAAAGCGUCACUAACAACUUUGAUGAGCGGCCCCUUUCCCUUGGUGGCAACAAGAUGGGCGAGGGUGGGUUUGGAGUUGUGUAUAAAGGCUACGUGAACAACAGGACCGUCGCAGUGAAGAAGCUUGUAGCGAUGGUUGACAUUAGCACAGAAGAAUUGAAGCAACAGUUUGAUCAAGAAAUAAAAGUACUGGCAAAGUGUCAACAUGAAAACUUAGUAGAACUACUUGGUUUCUCAAGUGACGGAGAGGACCUCUGCUUAGUGUACGUUUACAUGCCUAAUGGUUCAUUGCUAGACAGACUGUCCUGCUUGGAUGAUACUCCAGCACUAUCAUGGCACAUGAGAUGCAAGAUUGCUCAGGGUUCAGCUAAUGGCAUUAACUUUUUACAUGAAAACCAUCAUAUUCAUAGAGAUAUUAAAAGUGCAAAUAUUUUAUUAGAUGAAAACUUUACAGCCAAAAUAUCUGACUUUGGACUUGCACGGGCUUCUGAGAAGUUUUCCCAAACAAUGAUGACAAGCAGAAUUGUGGGGACCACAGCUUAUAUGGCACCAGAAGCUCUAAGAGGAGAAAUAACACUCAAGUCUGACAUCUACAGCUUUGGUGUGGUUUUACUAGAAAUAAUAACUGGACUCCCAGCUGUGGAUGAACACCGUGAACCUCAGUUAUUGCUAGAUAUUAAAGAAGAAAUUGAAGAUGAAGAAAAAACCAUUGAAGAUUAUAUUGAUAAGAAGAUGAAUGACAUAGAUGUCACUUCCAUUGAAAAUCUGUUCUCUGUUGCUAGUCACUGUCUGCAUGAAAAGAAAAAUAAGAGGCCAGACAUUAAAAAGGUUCAAGAGCUGCUGCAAGAAAUCACGAUUUAAGGGAGUGUCGGGCGGUAGCGCAGCGGGAUAAACGCAUGUGGCACCAAGCACAAGGACCGGCAUAUGGAUCCCAGUUAAAGCCCCCGGCUCCCUACCUGCAGGGGAGUCACUUCAUAAGUGGUGAAGCUGGUCUGCAGGUGUCUGUCUUUCUCUCCCCUCUCUGUCUUCCCUUCCUCUCUCCAUUUCUCUCUGUCCUAUCCAACAAUGAUGACAUCAACAACAACUAUAACAGUAAAAAUAAGAGGAAAAGAAAAAAAAAACUUUUAAAAAAAUGACAACUUUUGAGACUGCAAGCUUCUGAUAUAUACGUGUGUAAGCCAUUUCCUUCACUACUUUUGCUUAUCAACGGAGCAUGUGCAGUACAAUUGGGGCUGGUACAGCACACUUAACUAUAUAGAGCAAACAAAAUUGAAGCCACUAUUUUGAUGCUUUGACCUUUUAACUCCACCCUCAAUCUUUGCAGUGACUACCUGAUAUCUCUCCUUGGAACCCCACCACACACCUUGAAAAAAAUUAAGACUUUUUUGAGAUUGAUGUCUUGCAGGGGACUCAGGUAGGGGGAGAAGGGAGAGGUGGCUUUAAGGUCCUGGUGAAUGAUGGUUGAAAAGGUGAGGGUGAGACAGUUUUGCAGACACCACAGGGAGGUGAGAAACUGUACCGUGUCAGCUGUAAUCCAUAGCCCCCUCUCCCUCCAAUAAAGUGAUUGGACUGUA